AUGCCAAAUCCGACGAAUCCCUAUGCAGCCAGUAAAGCAGCAUGUGAAAUGAUAAUACGUUCGUACUGGCAUUCUUACAAACUACCAUAUGUUAUGGUCCGUAUGAACAACGUGUAUGGACCACGUCAGGCAUGUACAAAAUUAAUUCCCAAAUUCACCAAACUGGCGAUGGAGGGAAAACCAUAUCCUCUGAUGGGAGACGGAUUACAUACGAGGAGUUGGAUGUACGUGGAAGACUGUUCGGAGGCUAUCAGGAAGGUGGCCGAAGAAGGCCAACUUGGCGAGGUUUACAAUAUCGGAACGGAUUUCGAAAUAACCAAUAUCGAAUUGACAAGAAAAAUCCACGACAUUGUUGGCACCUUCAAAAACGGUUCGUUUGUUGAAUCAACCAGUAUGAGUGGUUCAUCAUUCUCUAUUCACCCCAGAAGAAGCAUUUGUAGAAACAGUUAC